CGUUUCCGCAGCAACAGGGAAAAGAUGGCAGCCCUCGCGACCCUCACUCAGCUGUCAAGCGGAAACCCUGUAUAUGAGAACUUUUACAGACAGGUCGACCCAGGAAACACCGGUAGGGUUGGACCAACAGAGGCUGCCUUGUUCUUGAAGAAAUCUGGUCUGCCUGACAUCACAUUAGGAAAGAUCUGGGAUUUAGCUGAUCCAGAUGGCAAAGGUUUCUUGGACAAACAGGGAUUUUACGUUGCUUUGCGUCUCGUGGCAUGUGCACAGAGCGGCCACGACAUCAGCAUUUCCAGUUUAAAUCUCCCUGUUCCUCCACCAAAAUUCAAGGAUCACAGUAGUCCAUCACUGAGCUCAGUAACAUCUACUAAUGAGAGUCACUGGGCUGUGCGGCCUGAAGAGAAGAGCAAAUUUGAUGGUAUUUUUGAAAGUCUUGCCCCGGUGAACGGAUUACUGUCUGGUGAGAAGGUCAAACCAGUACUGAUUAACUCCAAACUACCUGUAGAUGUUCUCGGAAAGGUGUGGGAUUUGAGUGACAUAGACAAAGACGGACACUUGGACAGAGAUGAGUUUGCAGUGGCAAUGCAUCUGGUGUACCGCGCACUGGAGAAGGAGCCUGUGCCGUCCGUCCUGCCCUCCUCACUCAUCCCUCCAUCCAAAAGAAAGAAGUCGUCAGGGUCAUUGUCCAGCAUGGUGCCAGUGUUACCGGGAAGCCCACCGCCACCUAAAGACAGCCUGCGCUCAACUCCCUCUCACGGCAGCAUGAACUCGCUCAACAGCGCCGGAAGUCUGUCCCCAAAACACACGCUCAAAUCCUCACAGCAUUCAGUAAACUGGGUAGUGCCGGUUGCAGACAGGGGGCGCUAUGAUGACAUCUUCCUCAAAACAGACACAGAUCUGGAUGGUUUUGUCAGCGGACUAGAAGUUAAAGACAUCUUCAUGCAGUCUGGACUUCAUCAGAACCUUCUGGCACACAUUUGGGCUUUGGCGGACACCAGGCAGAUGGGCAAACUCACACGCGAGCAGUUCUCCUUAGCCAUGUAUCUAAUUCAGCAGAAAGUGAGCAAAGGUCUGGAUCCUCCGCAGGCUUUGACACCAGACAUGAUCCCACCAUCUGAACGCGGCACACCGGGACCUAGUCUGUCAGGAUACAUGACACCGGUGGGAUCUGACAUGGCCGCACUGACUGAGAUGCGCCGGGCAAUAAUGUUCAAGUUGUGGGACAGCUCCAGCUCUGUGGGUUCAGGAGAAUUCACCGGGAUUAAAGAACUGGAUGAUAUCAGCCAAGAAAUCGCACAACUGCAGAGCACUCUUGCUUUCACACACUGGGAUACACUCAGAGAGAAGUACACUUUGGAACAAGAUAUUAGAGAAACCGAGGAGGCCAUCAGACACAAAACCACUGAGGUUCAGGAGAUGCAGAAUGAUUUGGACCGAGAAACGUCGAGCCUCCAGGAGCUGGAGGCGCAGAAGCAGGAUGCCCAGGACCGGCUGGAGGAGAUGGACCAGCAGAAGGCUAAGCUGGAGGACAUGCUCAAUGAUGUUCGACAGAAGUGCCAGGAAGAGUCACAAAUGAUCUCUUCUCUGCAGACUCAGAUACACUCGCAGGAGUCUGACCUGCAGAGCCAAGAGGAAGAACUGGGCCGAGCCAAAGCAGACCUGAACCGCCUGCAGCAGGAGGAAGCUCAGCUGGAGCAGAGUCUACAAGCCGGACGGAUUCAGCUGGAGACCAUCAUCAAGUCCCUCAAAGCCACACAGGACGAGAUCAACCAGGCUCGAAGCAAACUCUCCCAGAUCCAGGACAGCCAGCAUGAGAUCAGCAAGAACAUCGAGCAGUACAGCAGCACCCUGAAUGGCACCCAUGGGGGCAGCAUGACCAACCUGGCCGACAUGAGCGAAGGAUUCCCUGAGAAGGAGAAUGGAGGUUUUGGAGCCAUGGAAGACCCGUUUAAGGUGAAGCCCACUGUUUUCAACAGCGCCCCUCAGGAGAUGCACACAGACCCCUUCCAGUCUGAAGACCCCUUUAAAACAGACCCUUUCAAAGAAGAAAGACUCUCAAACAGGUUUGUGAAAAGUGGAGGCGAUCCGUUCCAGAAUGACCCUUUCUCAAAACCGGCCACCACAGUCCCAGAUCCUUUCGGUGGAGACCCUUUUAAAGAAACCGACCCAUUCAGGACGUCCUCUGAAGAUUUCUUCAAGAAACCCUCCAAACCGGACCCCUUCACCAACGCCGAUCCUUUUAGCAAAAGUGCCACUCUGCCCUCAAAGAGCCAUCAUUUCGCAAGUAACGACCCCUUCAUCUCAACCAGCCCCAAACCGAAAGGUCAAGAUUUCUUCGGCACUUUAGACCCAUUCGGUAGUAGUACGUUUGGCAGCAACAGCGGCUUUGCAGACUUCAGCCAAAUGUCAAAGGGCUUUGUAGAAGACCCCUUCAGCCGAAAACAAGACAUGCCAGCACUCCCGCCCAAAAAAAGUAUACCACCACGACCCAAACCACCCAGCGGUAAAAGCACUCCAGUAAACGUGCCCGGAUCUGGCGAUCCGGCCAAGACGAGCGAUCCCUUCCAGCCCUUCAGCGCCGACCCCGUUGACCCGUUUCAGUGUAAAAAGGGUGUGGGAGAUCCGUUUAGUGGCAAAGACCCGUUUGCUCCAUCUGCCCCAAGUAAAGCCUCUAAAGACUCUUCAUUGGGUUUUGCAGACUUCAGCUCUGAACCGAGCGAAUUAAGUUUGGCAAUGAAGCCCAGCAGAUGGAGUGGGCGAAGCGGGAAAGCGAGAGAGCGGAACGGGAGCGGCUGAAGCGCCUCCGCCAGCAGGAGCAGGAAGACCUAGAGCUGGCCAUCGCUCUCAGCAAAGCCGAAAUGUCCAACGCCUGACCGUCCUGCCCCCUCCCAUCUGUACACUACCACGACGAUUGGGAUGUACCAAGCUAAAAACACAUGCAAGACAGUCUCAACCUCUAUCCUUUUGUGUUCACGUGCAGGAGGCCGGCCUAUGGUUUGUGAAUCAGCUAAUUCACUAUACAUGCACUGCAUUAACCUCUCAGAUGGAGUAUAUAGUUUAUUUAAAGUGUAUUAGUGUGUAUGUUUGUGUGUGUGUGUGUGUGUGUGUGUGAAUGUCCAUCAACAGAGCCAUGGACGUUUAAAGACCGCUAUCGGUCUCUUUAUCUCCAUUUGUGGGAAACAAAAGGGACUGAGAAACUGCAAAGAAAGCUGACCAGAAACUUGAAUUACAGACGUUACACUCCCUCCCUAUGAGCCCUUGAGCAAGGCAAUUAAUUUCAGGUUUCUUCCUGAAUUUCGAUGGCAGUAAGCGUACUGUAAGUCGAUUUGGAUAAAGAGCAUCUGCUAAAUGGUCAUUUACUGGCUCUGGCUGUAGUCAGUAUGGUACACACUGGAAUUACAGCGGCGCCUGCAGACUGUAAGGAGUGUCUGUAAGGUGCUCUUGAAGGUGACGGAAAGCCGAAUGAACGAAAAUGUUUUGGUAAGUGUCGUCUCGGAGAGCUGUUUGCUUUAGAAGUGAACUAUUUUUGUUGUUGUUUUUUCACUGUACUGUUCAGAGGAGAAAGUUGUUCAAAACUUGGACAAAUGCACUGAUUUUGUUUUCUUCCCAGAGUUAAACCAUUGACACCGAUGCAGGACUUAACGUUACUGAAUUGUUUAUACACGAAAUGAAAAGAACGAAACUAAAAGUGAAACUUUUCUAGCAUUUGAACGCUGGGUUCACACAAAAGCAUCGUAUCUGCUUGCGCAAAUACUUCAUUUCGCUUAACAAUCUUGCUGUUUUCUCUAAUUGUAUAUUGAUCUAUCAAUAGGUAGAUCAAUAAAUAAUAGUUUUUUAUUUGUUUCAUUGUUCAUUUUAUGAUUUGUUCUAUUUCUAUAGUCUGCUUCAGACAUUCUUUCUGUCAUUCGUUCAUUCUAUCAUUUGUUUGUUCUGUCUAUCACAACUAAUUCUGCCGUUCGUUCUGUCGAUCUACAAUUCAUCCGGAAAGUGUUUAUAGCACUUCACUUUUUCCACAUUUUUUUGUUACAGCCUUAUUCCAAAAUUGAUUAAAUUCAUGUAUUUCCUCAAA